CAGAAGCUACAGAAAGUCUCAAAGCUUUGCUUUCAGACGACCAGACUCCACCAUGGAGGCAACAUCAGAAAAAUAUCCUGCUGAGGUGUAUGGAGGUUUGAUGAUGAAACCCAACGAAUCGAGUCGUCUCAGGAGAACGGUGAUCGCUGCCUUCGUUGCAGGAGCUUUACUGCUGCUGCUUGGAGGAAUUGGAGGAUUUUACCUUUGGCAAAUGAAUGAUAAAGAAGUGAUCACUGCAGACUACAGCAGAAACAUUAACAUAAAGAUGAUCGAAGAUUCUUUAGAGUUGAACUCUGAGAGUAAUCCAGAGCGAUUCAUGACAGACGCUGGAGAAGGAAACAUUCGGGAAGCUCAUGACUUUAAAUCUGGCAUAACCGCAAUGAGGUUUCCUGGAGGAGAAAAGUGUUACAUCAGAUCCCAGAUCAGAAGUAAACUUUCUGAGGAGGCGGAGGUUAUAUCAAUCAAAUCUGAUGUGGAUUCAUUGGUUUGGAUGGCAUCUGAUGAACCUCUGAAGGACAACAGUUUUCUCAGCUCUGAAAUACUCAGAUUCUGUGGAGACCUACCGGUUUACUGGCAACACCCUACCAACACACGAGCAUUACGGAAGAGAAGAAGCGUGAGCCGGCCGAAACGACAGAAUGAAGGUAGAGUAAACCCAAGACAGUCGAGAGGUCGAAACACAACAUCCAGUGAAAGUCAACAAGGGAGAGGAUCUGAUUUUAACCCUGAAAACCCAUAUCAUCGUAAUCAGGAGGCUGAAGAGACGAUGACCUUUGACCCCAUGUUGGAUCACCGUGGCAUCUGCUGUGCUGAAUGUCAUCGCAGUUAUACUCAUUGUGAGAGAGUCUGUGAGCCACUCGGUGGCUAUUGGCCGUGGCCGUACAAUUAUCAGGGCUGUCGGAAGGUGUGCAGGGUCAUUAUGCCGUGCCGCUGGUGGGCGGCUCGUAUCAUGGGUCUCGUGUAGGGUCUUGUGUUUCUUUAUGGGCUGAUAUCAGGACAUCAGAAGUGCCCUUAAGGCCUAAACUGAGGUACAAUGAGAUAUUUACAAUAAAAAAUCAACUCAUUGUUGGCUACAUUUAUGGUACAAAUGGUAGACAUUUAUGUUUUAUUAUGUUUUCCUUUACAAAUAAACCUACCUUACCAAAGCUGCAUCUGUGUAGUUCAGAAUAACACUAUAUAGAUUUUUCCAUCUAUAGACGGUUUCAUCGGACGCACGUGAUACACGUCUGGAUCCGAACCUUACUUCCGGUUUCAUUUUUUUAAUGGUCUGACUAGUUACUAAACUGAUAUCUUGAACGAAUGCCUCGUCGAAAAUAACACAUGUUUUGGU